AGGGUAGAGCAGAGCAAAGGGGGCAGGAACAGAAAUACGAACACACUGUGACUGGCUGGCUGUCUGACUGACUGACUGGCUGGCUGACUGACUGGCUGACUGGCUGACUGACUGGCUGGCUGACUGAGAGAGAGAACACAAUCCUUUGUGUUUCUGUUGCUUUUUUUAACCUUUCCUUCUUCACUCUCUCUCGCUCUCUCUUCGCUCUACUCCCGCUCUCUCUCUCUCUCUACGCUCUACUCCCCUCCCUCUCCUUCUCUCUCUCCCUUCCUCCCCCGUCCCUGGUGUGUGUGUGUGUACGUGUGUGUGUGUGGACCUCAGGAAAACAGACGCUCAUGUGAGAGUCAGGAGCAGUAGCAGCGGUGACUGGUGAGAGGAGAGAAGACAGGAUCAGAGAGGAGAAGAGAGAAGACAGGAUCAGAGAGGAGAAGAGAGAAGACAGGAUCAGAGAGGAGAAGAAAAGGAAUAGAAAAAAGAGAGGACAGCAACGGAGAGGAGACGAAGAGCUGAGGAACACAAUAAAGAGGAGGAGGAGGAGGAGAGGAAAAGGAGGGAUCCUCCUGCACCGUUCCGUUCAGAGUGAGGUCAGACAUGUGAGACGAUGUCGGUAGGCGGCUGCGCGUGUCCCGGCUGUUCCUCCAAGUCAUUCAAGCUGUACUCUCCAAAGGAGCCCCCCAACGGCAGCUCCUUUCCCCCCUUCCACCCCGGCACCAUGCUGGACAGAGACCUGGGCCCAACCCCCAUGUACCCCCCCUCAUACCUGGAGCCUGGAAUAGGGAGACACACACCGUACGGGAACCAGACAGACUACAGGAUAUUUGAGCUCAACAAACGGCUACAGAACUGGACAGAGGAAUGUGAUAAUCUGUGGUGGGAUGCGUUCACUACAGAGUUCUUUGAGGACGAUGCCAUGUUGACCAUAACCUUCUGUCUGGAGGACGGGCCCAAGAGAUACAUCUCCUCCUCCUCCUCCGCAGCGAUUGGCCGGACGUUGAUCCCGCGGUACUUCCGGAGUAUAUUCGAGGGGGGCGCCACCGACCUUUACUACGUGUUGAAGCACCCCAAAGAGUCCUUCCACAACAACUUCGUCUCGCUGGACUGUGACCAGUGUACCAUGGUUACGCAGAACGGAAAACCCAUGUUCACACAGGUGUGUGUGGAGGGUCGUCUGUACCUGGAGUUCAUGUUUGACGACAUGAUGAGGAUCAAGACGUGGCACUUCAGCAUCCGACAGCACCGUGAACUGAUACCACGCAGUAUACUGGCCAUGCACGCCCAGGACCCCCAGAUGUUAGACCAGCUGUCUAAGAACAUCACCAGAUGUGGACUGUCUAACUCCACCCUCAACUACCUCCGACUGUGUGUGAUUCUGGAGCCCAUGCAGGAGCUGAUGUCCAGACACAAGACCUACAGCCUCAGCCCCAGGGACUGUCUCAAGACCUGCCUCUUUCAGAAGUGGCAACGCAUGGUGGCCCCGCCAGCUGAACCAGCCAGACAGGCCCCUAAUAAGAGGAGGAAGCGUAAGAUGUCAGGCGGCAGCACCAUGAGUGCCGGAGGAGGAACCACCACCAACAACAAGAAGAAGAGUCCAGCUAGCAGCUUCCCCCUGUCCAGCCAAGUACCAGACGUGAUGGUGGUGGGAGAGCCCACCCUGAUGGGAGGGGAGUUUGGGGACGAGGACGAGCGCCUGAUCACGCGGCUGGAGAACCAACAGUUCGACGCGGCCAACGGCAUCGAUGACGAGGACAGCUUCAACAACAGCCCCGCGCUUGGCGCCAACUCUCCCUGGAACAACAAGGCCCCAUCCAGCCAGGAGAGCAAGAGUGACAACCCUACGUCUCAGGCCUCACAGUAGAGGAGGGGGGGGAGGGGAGGGGCUUCCAUAGUCUUAAAGGGGUUUCCUCUCCUUGUGGGUGUGUGUCAAUUGUCUGUAGUGGCUUCCUGACUGUUCUUAUCUUUUUCUCUUAAAGGGGCAAUCCGCAGUUGAAAAAAUAACAAAGCGUCACCCCUACCUCCUUGUUUUAGUAAAAAGCUGAGGGAUGGGCCUGGAGAAAUGUAACCACUCUAAAAUUCAAUUCAAGGACUGACCAUCCAAGAUAUAAAAAAUAAAUAAGAGUUUUAAGCAUGCUUUGAGGCUAUACAGUUUUUCAUUACAUUUACAAUGGUUACAGAGUAAAACAAGUUUCUAUUGUGGGUUGUGGUGGGGUACGUCAGUUGAAUGAAGCUCCUGAGACAUUUCUAGGUUAAAUUCCUCAAGAAUCAACAGGUACAUAUCAUUUAUUUACAAGUCCAAAAUAUGGAUGGAGUGACUGCGGAUUGCCCCUUUUGGAACAUGGAUUUUAUCUAGGCCUGUGGAGUAGAAGGAGGAUCUCACUGGUUGAUCGAGGUUUCCUUUCCUUGUCUACCUUCCUACAUCAGUUCUGAUGUGAGAGCUUGGCAGGUGAAAGGAAACGACUGAGAAGCUGUUUCUUAUAUGGGCCUCCUCCAUACCUGGCUCUCCUAGCUGGUCUUAUAAGGAGAGACCUGAGGAGAGGGAAGGCGCUUGGGACAGUUGAGAUGCACCCAGGUAGGGGGGGGCGGUGGGGUAGGGAGAGGGUGGUUGAGUGGGGGAAGGGGGAAACGAGGAGUCGCUGAUGGACGACUACUCACACAUCUACCUUCAGAAGAAUCAUGGUCACUAGAUAUGGAGUCUUAAGUCUGGUCCACUCUGCUGCUGCACGUGUGUGUGUGUGUGUGUGUGUGUGUGUGUGUGUGUGUGUGGCUGUACUUGGUCAGAACAAAAGCCUGGACUGUGCCAAAGCUAGCGGACCGGAGUUGAGAUCCAAUCAGUUUAAAAUGCUUUCACAGACACACACACACACACACCAUUGAAGGAGUACUGAUCCGACCUUUUAACAGAUAACAGAAAGCAUUUAAACAACAACAACAUUUUAGAGUUUUAUACCAGUCUCUAUUUCCCUAGAACGUUUUUAUUUUGUUUUCUACUCCUGCAUUUGAAAUCUACUUUUUAUUUGUUCUUUUUUACCGACGAUAUUGAGAAGCUAACAGACCAAGGAGCCAGAAAACAGGACUGCUUUUAUUCUACCCCUUCCCCCCUGAAAAAAUAUAUUUGGUUUGUUUUAAUAUCUUUUAUGUUUUAAAGAGAAAUAAUUGUGGAUGUUUUUCUGUUUUUUGAGAUUGAUUUUCUCCUUGUUUUUAGUGUAUUUGUGCUUGUAUAUUUAAGGUAGUAGCAAAGUUCUGUACGACUGUAUUCUGACUUAGAGGUUCCUGAAGCCAUUCUGAUCUAAUGGAAAGAAACGAAAUAAAAAAGAAAUGGACAAAAAGAAAACACAUGAACCUCUCAACCAAUCCCCCCUCUCCAUCUCCUUCUCUCUCUCUCUCUCUCUCUUUAGAGUAUCCAUCCUGAUCAUAACAGUGACACCUCUCUCUCUCUCUCUCUCUCUCUCUCUCUCUCUCUCUCUUUAGUGUCCAUCCUGAUCAUAACAGUGACACUCUCUCUCUCUCUCUCUCUCUCUCUCUCUCUCUUUAGUGUCCAUCCUGAUCAUAACAGUGACACCUCUCUCUCUCUCUCUCUUUUUUCUUUCUUUUAAAAUGUUUUUUACUUGUGUACAUUCAUUUAUAAAACCCUGGGGUACAGUCACCAUUGAGAAGACAUGUUUGCAUCUUCCAGUUCAGCAGAUUUAUUUUUUCAUUUCAUUUUUUUCUAUUUAUUUUUAAUGAAAUAUCAGAUAUACGUUCUGUUUCUCCACCCCCCCUGGUUACACACACUCAUCCUAAAUGUACACUACUAUUAGCAAAUAAGCUAACUAUCUACUGCUGUUUAAGAAGUCUGAGAAGACAACCUGACAUAAUUCAUCCAUGAUUGUGUCCCAAAUGGCACCCUAUUCCCUAUCAAGUUAUGGUCGAGAGUAGUGCACUACAUACGGAAUAGAGUGCCAUUUGGGACGCAACUCAACUAGUUAUUCAUGUUUAACUGAAGUCGUAGGGUUGUAUAUAUUUCCAAUACCUGUGUUGUAUAGGCUUGAUCUGUAAUAUUGAGCCUGUUGCGCAUGUGUUUGGUAAUACCUUCAAUUCUCACAAGGGGGCGCUGUUAGAGGAUCGCAAAUAAGAUCAUUUUAUAACAACUUUAUACAUCCAGUUCAAACAUGUGCUAGCAGUGAUAUGAUCUGCCCCCCCCCCCUCCCCAAAGCACCCUAUGUAGUGCAGUACUUUUGAUCAGGGCCAAUAUGAGAACAGGGGGGCCAUGUUGAGACAUGGCCCAUGUUAUUUAGUUCUGUAAAUGUUGUUCCAGCUCUGUCAAGUACAUUGUGUACAUUUUCAGUACAGCUCUGGCUUUUAACCGGUAACAGAGAGAGUCUGUCCCGAAUGGCACCCUAUUCCCUACAUAGAGCACUACUUUGGACCAGGACCCAUUGGUCCUGGUCAAAAGUAGUGCACUAUAUAACGGAACAGGGGGCCAUUUUGGAUGCAGCCUAGAGAAAGGUGACUGGUACCCUAAACCAACCCUGUAGAAAAAGCCUUGUUUGAUAUUUUGGUUAGUUUUCUGCCCUUGAUACUUCUUGAUUAAUUAAUUCAUGUAUGGUACCAAUAAAAAUAUACAUUUUCACUUUAAAAUGAA